GAUUACUUGUGUCGUUUCUUUGCCCUAUCGACGACAGCAUACAAAAUCAUGUUUAUUUAUGUAAUAGUUAAUCACACCUAGUUUAGAGCUGUUGUAAUUAGUGAUAUUCGACGAAUACCCGUCGCUUUAUGGUAGUUGGAGCAUCAACAUGGGCUGUUUAGCUUGGAUUCGAGGCUUAAAAAUAACCCUUCCAUUCAAAGACAAGGAAUUGAAUAAAAUAGCGGCUUUCUUCAACGUGACCACCUUCCUCCUCACCUGCGCUGCCCUCGUGCAGCCCAGCUGGUUCAGGAUAAAGGGGCUGCACUGCACUCAAAGCCUGUCGCUGUCUCAGUUCUUCUCCUUUGAUGAAGACGAUGACUAUGAUGAUCAGAUUAACAUAGAUCAGGGGGGAGACUUUGAUCCGAUGAAGAGGGAUUACCCUGGUCUACCACCAUGUACAACUCCAGAGACCAUCACACUCAUGAGAGUGCUCAUCCUAUUAUGCUUCAUGGUGCUACUAUGUUCCUCCAUCGGAAUCCUCAUCAACAUUACCACGUUAAACAGCAAAGCCAUCAAGAUGCUCCGGAGAAACGCCAUCCCGAGCAUAAUGUGUGUGUUCUGGGUGAUCGCUAUAGUCGGUGUGUGCUAUUACACCACUGUGGUGUUGGGAAAUGCGAACAACUAUGAUCCUAAUACAAUACAGGUGGAUUAUGAGUAUGGCUUCUACACGAUAACUGGCGCGGGUGCUCUAGCAUUGCUAGCAUCGGCCGCCAACUUAUGGGGGGCGCCACUCUCCAGCGAUGAGGACAUUCAGCGGCGAAACCUCAUGGAGGAUUGGGACGGUUACGAGGCUCACAGCGUGGGCCCCACCCCGUGCGUGCCGGCGCUGCCGCCGUACACGCCGCGCGCCGACGGCGCCGCGGACGACUACACGGCGUCGGCGCUGCCGGUGUACGCGCCGCCCGUGCUCGGCGCGCAGCAGUACUUCCCCUUCGACGACCUCUCCAUACUGCCGCCGCCGCCGCCUUAUACCCCCUAAGGUUUUUAGCGUUUUACAUCUCUCCUUAAGGUGCGGCGUGAAAUAGUAGAAAAUAUAUGAAGCCGCCGUUUUAACGGUCACAUUUUUGAUCUAAUACUUAUAUGGCAACAGUUAGUCACGGUACGCAUGCCCCCGUUUGAAGGUCGAUGUCCCGUAAGUCCCGUUGAAAAAGGAGAAUUGUUCCAGUCAUGUCUCUCUACUACAGUAUGGUAUAUCCAUUUUAUAUAAUUUCUACUAUUUUAUGUCAAACUCUAUAUGCGAAUUGAUUUGUAAUAAGUAACAUUGAUUCGCGUUUAAGUAGAAUCGCACUUAUAAUUUAUCACCGCCAUUUUUGUCACUGAUCCGGGGCAAUUCCUCUGCCGUUCGCAAUAAAAUGCGGUCAUUGUUAAUUAUUCUACAGUUCUUUCAUUCAUUUUGUUUAUUCAUUCGCAAGUAGGUAACAAUUUCCAUGUCAGUAUUUAUGUUAGUUUAGUUAUGGUAAUGGUACUUGGUUUUUGACUAUUAUUUGGUGAUUUUCCUUUGCUUCGAUAGUCGUAGGUAAUUUGCCUGUACAAUAAACCGACAACGCCAAAUAUUAUUUUACCCGCCGAUCGCGAUAGCAAGACGUAGGUCGGUUGCGUCGGCGCGCAGCGUGUAUUCAUUAUACUCAUAAAUAUCGGCGUCAAAUCGGGAAUGGAUCUUUACUCUUUUUUUAUUUAAACAUUAGACUCUGCAUAUAAAAUGAAGAAAUGACAACGCUUAUUCCCAAAUUAUACCGAUCUUGAUGUGUUUUAUAGAAUAAACGGGCCCAUUUAUUUUAUUUAUAUAUUUAAGCUGAACUUAGGUAAAAUUCGAAUCGUGUAUUUAAUAGUACUGUAGUGUUUUAUUAAUUUCAUAUUUCGAUCUCGAAUAUUAUGUGAGUCUCUUCAGAUUACAUCAAUAACUCCAAAACCAGGUGGGCUACUCACUCCAUAUAACAUGAUGUAGGUUAUUUAAAAAAUAUAUAAAAGCGUGGAGUUAUAAAUGAAAUUAAUUGUUAUUUACGUGUAGAAAGCAUAAUGUUCUCUUUUGUAUAUGUGGUUGUGAGUUUAUUAACACGUUCACUUCAAAACAUGUGAUUUGCCAUUUUAGUGCCUAUUCAUGUCGUACUUCUCAAAAUGCUUUAAAAUUAUAUUUAAAAAUAAUGAAAAUUCGGUUCGUUGUGUACAUAUAGCUAUAUAGUUUAACCCUAUAAUAGUAUUUUUAUUAGUGUAAGUCAUGGACGAAAUAUAAAGCAUUUUCUUAAAAUAGCAUUAAUUAAGUAUAUAUGGAAUAAGUAUUGAUUAUGUUAGUAUAUUGUAAUAGUAUUUAUUUAAGUACGUUAUUUUUUACCUUAUACAGAAACUCCUUAAUGUUACAAUUGCCCAGUGGCCUAAGCUGUUAUAAUUUAUAGCGCCCAUUGUUGGGCACCUCUGAAUCUGAAAUAUUUAAUAAUGAAACCUCUCGAGGCCUUAAAGUGGAUCCUCAGAUGGCAAUAAG